CGCGUUAGUGCUUCAGGAGACCAGUCCCCAUGUAUCUUAUACAUAAAUCAGUGAACGAGAUUAUUGGAUUUUAAUAACAGUUAAGCUAAUAAGUUCUGAGACUCAAUGGAUAGCAUAUUAGCUGGAUUUGAAUUAGUUAAUAAAAGUAUUUUUAUUUUUUGCCUAUGUGUUCUACGAGCAGAGAUAUUGUGAUACAAAGUUCCGACCUGGAUACAUUUCGUUAUUCUGUGCAUAAAAGUAUUAAGAUAUAGUUGCCCAAAAUUGAAUAGCUUACGAGAUACAUUUUAUACUUCAUAUAAAAUUCAAGCUUUAUAAUUCAGAAAGUACUUGCUAAAAAAAUAUUUUAUUGUACUGUUUUGGAAAACUCUCAAGAACACAUCAAUGUAUAAGUUAUUAUAUUUUAACGUUUCCGGCUAUGGAGAACCAAUUAGAUACUUGUUUUAUCAUUCCGGCAUUGAAUUCGAGGAUUUUAGAAUCAGUUUCGCAGAUUGGCCGAAAUAUAAACCACAUAUGCUUAUGGAACAAUUGCCGAUCCUGGAGAUUGACGGUAAAUCGUACCAUCAGUCCAAGGCCAUUUCCCGCUUCAUCGCCAAGAAGACCAAUUUAUAUGGAUUGGAUGAAUUCGAGGCUAUGGAGAUCGAUGCGACUGUUGACUCUAUCGACAAUUUAAUGCAAAUUUUAUAUAUUUAUUAUCGGGAACAAGACCUUGCCUUUAAGGAGAAACUUAAGGAAAACGCCUUCCAAAAGUUAUCAUUCUAUCUCGAUAAAUUCGAGGCUCAAGUUAAAAAGAAUGGCGGAUACUUUGUUGGUGGCAAGCUGUCGUGGGCAGAUUUAUUAUGGGCUUCGUAUUUUGAAUAUCAGAAUCUUGUUUUGGCAAGGGAUCCGAACAGAGAUCAUCCAGAGUUGAAAAAACUUGUGGAACAAAUUCGCACUUCGCCCAAUAUUAAAGCUUACCUCGAGAAAAGACCGAAGACUGAAUUGUAAAUAAAAUAAUUUCUAAUUUUA